UAUUCUAUCAACAAUCUUAACUUGCUGGCGACGCCUUUGCUAGCAUUUUAUCUCAGUGUUUUUUUGUGAAAUUGUUGAAAUAUGUCGGCUGAAGUUGAUUUUGUUAACAAAAAGGAAGUGCAUUUACGCACCUUGAAGCAAUCGGGACAUGUGGGAUUUGACAGUUUGCCUGAUCAAUUAGUUAACAAAAGCGUUCAAAACGGAUUCGUUUUCAACGUCAUGUGCAUAGGCGAAACUGGACUGGGAAAAUCCACAUUGAUGGACACACUGUUCAACACGAGUUUUGAGUCGACGCCGAGUCCCCAUACGUUGCCCAGUGUUAAAUUGAAGGCCCACACAUACGAGCUGCAGGAAAGCAAUGUUCGACUUAAGCUGACGAUUUGUGACACUGUCGGCUACGGCGACCAGAUCAACAAGGACGAUUCAUUCAAGGCGGUCGUCGAUUAUAUUGAUGCCCAGUUCGAGAACUAUUUGCAGGAGGAGCUGAAGAUUAAGAGAUCGCUUGUAACGUGCCAUGACAGUCGCAUCCACAUCUGUUUGUAUUUCAUCUGUCCCACGGGACAUGGCCUAAAGUCCCUGGACUUGGUGUGCAUGAAGAAGCUGGAUAGUAAGGUGAACAUAAUACCGGUGAUUGCCAAAGCCGAUACCAUCUCCAAGGCGGAGCUACAGCGAUUCAAGGCAAAGAUCAUUCAGGAGCUCAACACGAAUGGUGUUCACAUUUAUCAGUUUCCCACUGAUGAUGAAACUGUAGCGGACACCAACAGUCUGAUGAAUACUCAUAUUCCAUUCGCCGUUGUCGGCAGCACCGAAUUUAUUAAGGUGGGCAAUAAACUGAUUCGUGCUCGGCAAUAUCCCUGGGGCACCGUUCAGGUAGAGAACGAGACACACUGCGAUUUUGUGAAGCUGCGUGAAAUGCUCAUUCGCACAAAUAUGGAGGAUAUGCGUGAGAAGACACACACACGACAUUAUGAGCUGUACCGACAGAAGCGGCUCGAGCAGAUGGGCUUCAGCGAUGUGGACAGCGAUAAUAAGCCAGUUUCGUUCCAGCAAACAUUCGAAGCGAAGCGCUCCAAUCAUUUGGCUGAGCUGCAAUCCAAAGAGGAGGAAGUGCGUCAGAUGUUUGUGCAGCGCGUUAAGGAGAAGGAGGCCGAACUCAAGGAGAGUGAGAAAGACUUGCAUCUCAAGUUUGAAAAGCUAAAGCGCGAUCAUGCCGAGGAGAAGCGUAAGCUUGAAGAAUCUCGUAAGGCGCUCGAAGAGGACUAUCUUGACUUUCAGAGGCGCAAACAGCAGCUGGCCACAGCACAUCAUACACUGACGCUGGGCAAAAGCAAGAAGAAGUAGACAAUUCUAUAUCUUUCGAGUAUUUUGUGCGUUUUGCUUAUCCCAAAGUAAUUAUUCCUUUUUCAUCUCGUUGUAUUUCAUUUAUGCUAUUAAGUUUACUUCAAAUAUUAACAUAUACACACCCAACAUA